CCUGUGCGGAGCAGGUUGCUAGUGUACACAGCAGCGCUGCACCUGUUGCCCUUCCCAAGCAGGCACAGGCUCUCUCUCGCUCUCCCCCCCUGGCCCAGCCAGAGAGACCACAGGAGGGGUACAAGGGGGUUCACCAUGGAUCCCAAGGAGGCCACUGGGAUUGAAAAGGAGAAAGAGGAGAAGAAAGAGAAGGAAAAACCGAUAAAGAGGAGAAGCCGGCUCUUGCUCAGGUAUUUAGAGAGGAGGAAAACGGACACCAUAGUGGAGGAUGACAGCUCCAGAGGUGAUAUUAAUAUUGGGACAUUGAUCAGGAGGAGCCAGUCGGAUAAGACGGAGUACAGCGCCAAACUCAAAGAGAAGAUGGCUCCUCAUGACCUCUCCCCACCAUCGCCCCUUGCACUUGACCCCGAGGAAGUUCGGCAGAGGAAGAUGGCCAAGAGGGCAAAGGUCAUUGAGGAGUUGGUGAAAACUGAAAACGAUUUCUUGACUGACCUGGAACUGUGCAUUAAAGAGGUGCUGCAGCCUCUUCGAGUAGCUCAGGUAGUGGAUGUGGACCGCCUGUUCACCAACAUGGAGUCUGUGUGUGCGGUCUCAGCAGAGAUGGUGCACAGGCUUCAGGAGGCCACCGCAGAGCCCGACCCUCAGGCAGUACUCACAGGAGAGGUUUUCAUCCAGGCCAAAGCUGUGAUAGAGGAAGUCUAUAAAAUAUACUGCUAUCACCACGAUGAUGCCAACACCUUGCUCAAGUCCUAUGAUAAGGACAAAGAGAUCCAGCAGCACUUCAGGACAUGUACAAGUUCACUCAAGCAGAUAUAUGCGCAAGAAGGAAAGUCCAAUCUGCUGGACAUGGGCUCUCUCCUCAUCAAGCCAGUCCAGCGGAUCAUGAAGUACCCCCUGCUGCUGGCCGAGCUCUGGAAGACCACCCCUGAGGACCACCCCGACCACCAGCCAGUGCAGGAGGCCCUCGCCACCGCCAAGAUCAUCAACCUGAACAUCAACGAAUUCAAGAGAAGGAAAGACAUUGUGAUGAAGUACAAAAGGAGCGAUGAAGAGGGCACCUUGAAAGGCCGGCUGAACAAGUUCAGCAUCCACUCUAUCAGGAAGAAGUCAGAUAGGCUGACAGGGCACUUGAAGCUUCUCACCGGGGCGGAGCCGCAGGUUCGAGACUACCUGUUUGAUAAGGAGGAGAAGCUGUUUCGCAGCUUGGAGAAAGCUGUGAGACUGCUGGUCAAAAAUGUCUUGUAUUAUUUGCAGCAGGCACAGGAAAUGGUAUCCGUGACGGCACAGAAUGCGCAUGAACUUGAGAACAUUAUGAAGGAUCCAGACCUCAUAGAGACCAAUGGGUUUCACAGAACCAAGAAUGAUAAUACUUCUAUAGACCCCUAUAAGCACUUUACAGAGGAGAUGGAGAGGCUGGUGUUGGCCCCUCUGUCCUCACUGCAGAGCAUGUUCGCGGCCCCGCAGAAGCUCAUCCAGAAGCGCUACGACAAGCUGCUCGACUACUGCAGCCGUCUAGAGACCCGCUCUUCCUCCUCCUCCUCCUCCUCCUCCUCCUCCUCCUCCUCCUCCUCCUCCUCGUCCCCCUCGCCCUCUGAGGAGUCCUGUCAGGCUGGCCGAGACUACCAGGCUCUCAAUGCCCAGCUGGUAGAGGAGCUACAGAGGUUCAACAUGGCCGCCCGCAGCAUCCUGAGCAACUGCCUUCUCUUCCUGGUGGCACAGCUGCAGCAGCUGAUGGAGUUGGCCAUGCAGAGAUGUCCCUCCAUCCACCAGCUUCCGGCACCUUUGUCGAACAUCAGUGAAGUCCAGAAUAGUAUCAUGGAAGAGCUGGGUAACCUUGCUUUCGUCAAAGAUAACACACAGCGCUUGAUGGAGCGGAAAGUGAGCUUCGAGAGACGGGAAAGGAAAAUAGUGGCCCCGGAGAUCCAGCGUCAGGAGGAAGGACACAGGGCUCGGCUGCUGGAGGAGUACCCCGCUCAGCGGCUCCACCAGCUCAAGCGCAACUGCAAUGGCUGUCAGGAGCAGGACGUGAGCCUGCUGGAGGGGGCGCUGGUGGCCCUGCUGGAGGACCACGACCCCCUGGGGAGCCGCUGCCGCUGGCUGGUAGACACAGGCAGUACGCGGGGCUACGUGUACUCUUCCUUCCUGAAAGCCUACAACCCCCAGCGGGAGCAGGCCAGGGCACAGGCUGAGCAGGCAGACGACUUCGACAACCUGAGCCUGUUUGUGUCAGGAAGUGGCAGCAGCAGCCUUCGCAGUUUCAGCCUCCAUGCCUCUGACAGCACCUCCACCCUCUCUGGCCUGCAGGGGGAGCCACAGAGCUCAGAGGACUGUGAGACCAAUGAGGACCAGCAGUUUUAUGCAGUGUAUGCUUUCCAAGCACGCAGUGACCAGGAGCUGACCCUUCAGGAACUACAGCAUGUCCGCAUCCUCAAGUUUAACGAUCUUGGAGGCAACAAGGAUUGGUGGCUCGCUGAGGUCGAUGGCCAAAAGGGCUAUGUUCCAUCCAACUACCUCGGAAAGAUGUCCUAUGCUUAGAGGGAACAGCAAUAUGCAUUAUUUUGUUAAGUCAAUAUGACUAAAAGGCCGGUCAAUAUGAAGUCAUGAAAUGGCCAUGGACUGUGCAGUUCCAUUUUGAAAUCAAGCCUUGCACUAAAUCAUUUCCCAAUGUGCUAAGCACUUUCCACACAGACUCCCAGUGUUGCAAUCAUGAAGAGUGUCAUUAACUGACUUAUUAUUGUGAUAUAAAUGUAAUAUAUAUCUAAAUAAAUAUAUUGAAUGUUUUUAUAGUAAAUAUAUUGACAAAUAUAAAUAUUGUGGCAACACUUUUACAGUUCUAUAUUUCACCCCUCAGUGAUGAAUAAAGAUGUUAUGGUGAA